AGUCGCAUUUCGUUUUUCACCAAGUACGGGUGUGUUUUGCGGACGUGUUGCGACGACGUAUUAAAAAAAACUUCGAUAAGUGCUAAAAUGGCAAGUAAUUAAAAGUGAAAAGUGGCAAAGUGAAGAAGAGCAGCAACAACAACAGCAAGGAGAAGAACAACAACAACGUCAGCAAACCGCAAGCAGGCGCUGAUUAGGGAACGAGGCGUACAAAAAAAGAGUGUUAGAGGAGUUUUUUUUUUAUAAAAAAAAGUACAAGUGCAAAUAUAUAAGAUAAAACGAUUUUGUGGCGAUGUCCACCGCCGAAACGGGGUCGUCGCCUGGCAAAAGCAACACCAACAGCAACAAUAGCAGCAGCAACAGCAACAGCGUCCCUGCGAAAGGUGUGCAGCGCCGACAAUUGCGCGAGCGCAAGCAGCGCAAACUUUACCUUGAGGAAUGCUUAAUGGGCGAUGAUGAUGCGGAAGGCGCGCGCGGCUUCAGCGUCGCCGAAAAGCUCGAGUCCUCCAAGUUUGCGCAGGCAGGCAUGGUGCGAGAGAUGAAUGGCAGCGAUCUGACAGUCGCUUUCCUGCAGCAGCAUGGCUUCAAUAUACCGCUGUUGUUUAGGGAUAAGACUGGACUGGGACUGCGGAUGCCAGACGCCCAGGAGUUCACGGUGAACGAUGUGCGAUUGUGUGUGGGAUCACGACGACUGCUGGACGUGAUGGAUGUAAAUACGCAGAAGAAUCUGCAGAUGACAAUGAAGGAGUGGCAACAGUACUACGACAGUCCGCAAAAGGAACAACUGUUGAACGUCAUCUCGCUGGAGUUCUCGCACACCCGUCUCGAUCACUUUGUGCAGAGUCCGGAGAUAGUGCGCCAGAUCGACUGGGUGGAUGUGGUGUGGCCCAAGCAGCUGAAGGAUGCCCAAAAGGAGGGCACCAAUCUUCUUGGGGGCAUGAUGUAUCCCAAGGUGCAAAAGUAUUGUCUGAUGUCCGUUAAAAAUUGCUAUACAGAUUUCCAUAUUGAUUUCGGCGGCACCUCCGUCUGGUAUCACAUACUCAAGGGCAGCAAAGUGUUUUGGUUGAUUCCGCCCACCGAUCGCAAUCUGCAUCUGUACGAGAAAUGGGUGCUGUCCGGCAAACAGGCGGACAUCUUCUUUGGCGAUACGGUUGAGAAGUGCGCACGUGUCUAUCUGACGGCGGGCAAUACAUUCUUUAUACCCACCGGCUGGAUACAUGCCGUCUAUACGCCCACCCAAUCCCUUGUCUUUGGCGGCAAUUUUCUGCACUCCUUUGGCAUUGUUAAGCAGCUGAAAACGGCCAGCGUUGAGGAUAAUACGAAAGUCCCUCAAAAGUUUCGCUAUCCGUUCUUCACGGAAAUGUUGUGGUAUGUCCUGGCCCGGUAUGUCUACACCCUGCUCGGACACUCCCAUCUGCAGGGUGAGCCGUCGGCGAGUGAGGCUGAAAUGGCGGCUCGUCCGCACACGCAUCUGACACACUAUGAACUGUUUGGGUUGAAGGAGAUCGUGAUGUAUCUGUACGAUCUGCCGCCGCAGAAGAAGAAUGUGCCCAGUUUGGUGCUGGAUCCGGUUGCCCUCAUCAAGGAUGUGCGCACCCUUGUCGAACGCCACUGCAAGGAUCAACAGGAUAUGGCUGUCACUGGCAUGUCCGUACUGCGACCAGCCACAGAUCAGCCCGCUAUCAAUUUUCAAUUGUACGAUCGGACGCGUGUCAAGCAGGAGAUCAAGCAGGAGAUUGUACGCAAAAAUGCUGAGGUCAUCAGGGAGCAACAGGAACUCGAGGCGGCCAGGGGUGCCGAGACAGCAGAAGCCCAGGCCGGCGUCGGCAAUCACAGCAACAACAACAACAACAACAACAACACCAACGGUUGCAACAACUCCAGCAGCAGCAGUGGCAGCAAUAGCAACAACAACAUCAUCAACAAUAGCUACAGCAGCCAGGGCAUUGAGUACAGCAAUGGUGUCCUCAAGAAGGAACAGAUCGAGAAUGGCACAAACCUUGGCCAUGGCACGCAGCCAGAAGCCACCUUUGUGCUGCCCACGGACACACUCAAGUAUCGUCCGCCCAAGAAGAUGCACUUGGCCAACGCUGUGGCAGCUGCCGCCAGCAGCAACAACAACAACAGCAGCAAUAAUAACAACAGCAAUAGCCUCAAUCAUAGCAGCAACAGUCCCACAAAUAUUGGCAACAACAGCAGCAACGCUGUCAGUGUGAUUGCCACCUGCUCGAGUUAUGUGGAUGGCGCCGGGAGUGGAGGUGGCAUGGGUGCACCGCUUGACAACUGCCACUCGCCGGGUGGUGGUGGCGAGAUUGGUGCAAAGCUGUCGCCGCAUUUGACGGGCACCGGACAGCCGAGGCGACGGCGUACGCGUUGCAAGAAUUGCGCUGCAUGCCAGCGUUCCGAUUGUGGCACGUGCCCCUUCUGCAUGGACAUGGUCAAGUUUGGGGGACCGGGUCGGGCCAAACAGACGUGCAUGAUGCGACAGUGUUUGUCGCCAAUGCUGCCGGUGACGGCACAAUGCGUCUAUUGUCAUUUGGAUGGCUGGCGCCAGGCGCCAGUGUCGCCGCAAACCAAGCAACUUGCCUCCGUUGAGGGCCCCUCCGCGCUGAUGGAGUGCUCCGUUUGCUAUGAGAUCGCUCAUCCGGACUGUGCCCUGUCGCAGCUCGAUGGCACUGUGGAUGCCGCCGAUGCCAAAGGCAUUGUCAACGAGGAUCUCCCCAAUAGCUGGGAGUGUCCCAGUUGCUGUCGAUCUGGCAAAAAUUACGACUACAAACCACGCCAUUUUCGCGCACGCCAAAAGUCAUCGGAGGUGCGACGCGUUUCAGUUUCGCACAGCAACAAUGCUGGCGAAGGCCACGAGUCUGCUGGCGGCAUGGGAGGAGGAGGAGCGGGUGGAGCAGCUGGAGGUGGUGGCAAUUUGUUGGCGCCACCAGUGGGCCAAUACAAUGAUUUUGUGUUUACCAGCGAAUCGGAAAUGGAAACGGGCAGCGGCAACAGCAGCCAAAUGUUGCAUACAACACACUGGAAGCACGGCAUGAAGCGACACCAUCAGCUGGAGGUGAAGACGGAGCGGAACAACAGCAGCGCAUGUGAGACCCCAUCACCGGGCAUAUCGCCAAAUGCCCAACAUCUGCUCGCCCUGGGCGAGAAGGCGAUGAAGCGACGCAAAAGCGAUGACGGCACCAGCGUCAGCAGCAGCAUCCACGAUGGCAACGAUGCGCCCGGCUCCACUUCGAUGGAUGCGGCCAACCAUACGACGCAGUCGGGGCACAGUGCUGGAGGAGGCAACGUUGGUGGAGGUGGAGGUGGCUCUGGUGGUGGAGGCGGUGGUUCACGCAAGAAGAAUUCGAUACGCUCACAGUUGGCACAGCAAAUGUUGAACUCGUCGACGCGUGUGCUGAAGAAGCCGCAGUAUGUGGUUCGUCCGGCGCCAGCGAACAGCGGCUCCUCCUCGCUGCUCUCCAGCGGUGGCAGUGGCAGUGGCAGCAAUGGCGCCAGCAAUGGUCUCAACAAUGGUGGUGGUGGCGCCGCCGGCAGCAGCAGUGGAGCAGGCUCUGCGGCUGCAACUGCAAAUGCUGCGGGUGCAGCAACUGGUGGCCAGAGCAGCGUCGCCAGCAAUGGCGCCAAUGGACACGCCCAUUAUCAUCAUCAUCACCACUCGCAUCAUUCGCAUCAUUCGCAUCAUGGCAGCAGCGGAGGAGGAGGCGGAGGAGGUGGUGGCAGCAGUAGCAACAGCUCCUCACAGAAUCUCGCACUGGAUGCGACCGUCUUGAAGAUCAUCUUUCGCUAUUUGCCAGCCGAAACGCUCGUCACAUGCUGCUCGGUGUGCAAGGUGUGGUCGAAUGUGGCCGUGGAUCCUGAUCUCUGGAAGCGCAUGAAUUGUGCCGAACUCAAAAUAUCCGCCUCGCUGCUGACGGCAAUUGUGCGCCGGCAGCCGGAGCAUCUGAUACUCGACUGGACGCAGCUGGCCAAGCGACAAUUGGCGUGGCUGGUGGCACGUCUGCCCGCCCUCAAGAAUCUUUCGCUGCAGAAUUGCCCGAUUCAAGCGGUGCUGGCCCUGCACACCUGCCUCUGCCCCCCGCUGCAGAUACUCGACUUGAGCUUUGUGCGCGGGUUGAAUGAUGCGGCCAUUAGGGACAUACUGUCGCCUCCAAAGGAUUCGCGACCGGGCCUAAGUGAUUCGAAGACGCGUCUGCGCGAUCUCAAGACAUUCAAGCUGGCUGGCACGGAUAUAUCGGAUGUGGCUGUGCGUUAUAUUAUGCAAUCGCUGCCGCAUCUCAAACACUUGGAUCUCUCGUCCUGUCAGCGGAUUACCGAUGCGGGCGUUGCACAAAUUGGCACCUCGGCAACGGCCAUUCUGCGGCUGGCCGAGCUCAAUUUGAGCGCCUGCCGGCUGGUGUCGGAGAACUCGCUGGAGCAUCUGUCCAAAUGCGAGAGUCUCGUAUGGCUGGACUUGCGGCAUGUGCCGCAGGUGAGCACCCAGUCGGUCAUACGCUUUGCCAGCAAUUCCAAGCAUGAUCUCUGCGUCAAGGAUAUCAAACUGGUCGAACGGCGACGGCUCUCCCAGUGCAAUAGCUGGCACGAAUGAGCCCAGGCCUGGUGACGUCAUCAGCUGCAACUCCAUCAGCAGCAGCAGCGGCGGCAACAAUUGCCACCAUUCACUGGCUGAAAUUCUAUGGCAAUCUAUUGGGACAUCUCUACACAAACGGGGGGCCGGCAAACUCCCCAUCUCUACACACACACACACACACACACACACACACACACACACACACACACAGAAAACACUCGGUUUUUGUCUCGUUUUAGUUUUGAAAAGUCUUCUUUGUCCUGUUUUUAAUAUUUGUUUAAAGCACUCAAUCUUGAAACAAAUUCAAUCCAUUAUUCAGAUACAGCAAUAGCCACAUAUAUAUAUAUAAUUAUUAUUAUUAUAUAUAUAUAUAUAUAUAUAUGUAUAGAAAAACCAAAGAAUUUUUCAGUUCAACACAGCAAAUUGAAAACCCUUCGCAUUGUGUACAGAUAUAUAG